GUUUCAUUUGUUUUUUUUUUUUAGCUGUCAAACAAAAAUGCAAUCCGUGUACUAAGCAUUUUAAUUUUAAUUAAGCCGUAGUUUUUUAAUUCCGACGCAAAUCUUUGCAUAAAAUACAUGAAUAAAUGCAUUCAAAAUGCCUGAUAUUAAUAUCAAUGGAAUACCAGUGAAAUUUCCUUUCCCGGAACCCUACGUCCCACAAAUAAAUUACAUGUCAAAAGUGAUUGAAAGUCUCAAGACCAGUAAAAAUGCUGUAUUGGAAUCACCCACAGGCACUGGAAAAACACUGAGCCUUUUAUGCGCAACACUUGGCUGGGUCGAAAAUGAAAAACAAAUGCAACAGCGUUGUGAUGAAAUUGAUGAAGCCGAUGGUGCUAGUCUCAGUGCUAUGUUUGAGGAUGAAAAUGGUGCAUGUUGUGAUCUCAAUCAAAUACCACUCAUUAUUUAUGCAUCUCGGACUCAUUCGCAACUUAAACAAGCUAUGGACGAACUGAAGCGAUCCGAAUAUAAAUAUGUGAAAGCAGGCCUCAUUGCGAGUCGUGAACAAUUGUGUAUUCAUCCGAAGUUAACGGGAAAAACAAAUGCAGAUAAGAUGACCAUGUGUCGCAGUUUGGUACAAAAGAAAAAGUGCGAGUAUAAAGAACGUCUGGAUUCGCCAUUGAUUUAUCCCAUACUAAAAUCACAUGAAAAUCAAAUUCUGGACAUUGAGGAACUGGGAAACAUCGGAAAUAAGUAUAAGUGUUGUCCAUACUAUCUAUCUAAAGAAAUGAACAAAAAACCGGAGAUCAUUUUUAUGCCAUAUAACUACUUACUGGAUCCAAAAAUACGCAAUGCAAAUCAAAUCGAUUUGAAAAAUGCAGUCGUCAUUUUUGACGAAGCACAUAAUGUCGAAAAAGUGUGCGAACAAAGUGCCUCAACGUUUAUUACAAGCACACAAAUUGACACGGCCAUCGGAAAUAUCGAUCAUGCCAUCAAUAAGUUGAAUGAGUCAGGAUCAAGAGACAUUCCUAUAGAAAUUGUGCGUCGUUUACAUACAACUAUUAAAGCCUUGAAAGAGUAUUUCGAUGAUUUAACAUUAACUCGAACGCCGAUCAAUCCCACUGGAUCGACCACUCAUCCUGGUGACUUCAUUCAUUCAAUUCUUAAAACGGUUGAUAUUGAUGACGAAAAUGUAAACUGUACAAUCGAAUAACUCCAACACAUAAUCGAGUUUUUAAUAGAUUUAACGAAAAAGAAUCGAAAAUAUGUGACAGGAAUACGUGCAAUCAAAGA